AUGACUCCGGAAUGCCAUGACUUGGCUUUUCUACCUCGCGAUCUCUUCUGGAUGAUCCUGGCAUAUCUAGAACCUCACGAUAUAAUCCGCAGUCGUCGAGUCUCGCGUGCCUGGCACGAAGCCUUUAGCAACCCAUCCAUUCUGUUGCCUCUCCUGAAACAGGAGUUCCCAUGGACAAAAGAGGUGACAGCCCUUGAACAAGAGACAGCAGAUCCAUUUCAAGGCCGUCGACUCUUUGAUCAAGUCGCCGCAAGAUAUGAUCAUCUAGAACGGGGAAAGCCCCGCUCUAUCAAGAAGUAUCGAUUGUGCGAUGCCUUCGGUAGCUCCCGCCAGCGCGAAUGGUUCCCCGUUCAGCCCUGGGAAUCACACAGCAGUCACCAAACGGGCAUUGUCGAUACCCGAUUUGAAGAGGCUUUGUGGACUUUCGAGGAUGGGCUGCUGGUCUAUCCCAGUGGGGAGAGCCAGAGUCUCAUGCUCCUGGAUUUGGAAACGGACCGCCAGUUCAUGGUGCCAUUUAUCAUUCGUGGCAGGGUUGUUCGCCGAGUCAGGCUUCAGAAGCGGUUGAUUGUCAUUGAGUGGGCUGAGCCUCUGGCCUUCCACUGGUUGAAUGAGAGCGACGGUGUACAUCGUCACUUUGCGUCUUCGUUCGAUGUCAUUGAGGGUGAAGACCACGUCUGGAGUAUUCUCCCGCGCAAUGAAUGGAAGAUCAUGUUCUUGGGUCAUCCUCUCAGCGAGCGAGAUCGUUUCUUCUCUACGCACAGCAGUACUCAUUAUGUUAUCUACAUGUGGCAACCGAAUCGCAGCCUGUACACUGCAGACGAGGAUGCACCGAUUGAAUCUUUGUUUGUCUGGGAUAUCUCAAAGGUAUCAUCUUACCGGCCGUCAUUGGAUUCUUCAGGUCGACUGCGUGGUGAAACUCCCGAGGACGCCCCAAGCAUUGUGGCACGAUUCGGCUUCCGAGACCUUGAUUUCUUCGACAUUCGUCAACGAGGAACUCCGUCCAUUUCGCGGUUAUCCAUCACGGAUGAUUCCCAGGCAAUAGAAAUCACCGAUAACCUCUUGAUGCGUAUUGAUGGCCACGGGACGCCUGAGCCAGACGGUCUUCGUAUGUGUGUUACGACAUCCAUUCCGACCAUCGGGAAUGGACCCCAUGGCCGUACCUUGCAGGAUGAUAUGUUACCAGUCUACCGCGGCAACUGCAGCUUGCAAGCGGAUUUCUUCGACUUUUCGAAUGUAUACGCGGAUUCCUGGACUGAUAUCAUCGCUCAAGUUAGCGAACCUGAUGUAGAUGUUGGCUUUUGUCUUCAUUUUGCGCCUAAUGAUCCCCAUCAUAAGACUGUCAAUUUAACAAUUUGGACGCCUGACUGGCAUGAAACUCGUUCAAAUGUGGAUUUCAAGGGGAGAGGGAAAAUAUGUGGUUGUGAGAGAUAUUUGGUUGGUGAGAAUACAGCUCGGGAGCUGGUUGUCUAUCGGUUUGAUCGAUGA